GAGCUCCAAAGUAGAGUCUACACAGGCAACUGCAGCUUCCAAACAAAGCGAGAAGCCGGAAAAGAUGGUGGAGGACAACCUCUUUGGCCCUUCAAAAGCCUCACGUGGCUCCACUGCAUCCCUCUUCGAUGAUGACGAUGACGAGGUCUUCUUGGCUAAGCCAAAGAAGGCUUCGUCACCAAGCAAGACGAGGGCAUCCCUGUUCGGAGAUGAUUCCGAUGAUGACUUCUUGAUUAAGAAGUGA